AUAAUAAUCAUGAUGACUGAUGCUGAGGUGCGUAGACUCCGCUUCUAGCCCUCUUCCCCCUUUAGGUAGACACGAAGAGGGGUACAAAUCAAAGGGGCUUUAAAUAGAUCCAUAUUAUCAAUCUGACUGCUGUUAUCUGACUGAAAGAGCAGCGACAGAACUGCUCUCUAUACACUAUUAUUCUUUAAUUUUACACAUCACAGUAAACACAGUAAUCAUGCCCAGUAAGAGGAAGAAGAACAAGCGCCGCAUGAGGAGAGUGCAGGCCCAAAGAAGGGCCUUGGAGGAGCAGUAUGCCUCCUCUGGAAAGGGAACAACAGGAGUGCGAGGAGUCUCUGCUCUGGUUCCCACACGGGUUCCAGUUCCUAAAACCUCAGAGUGCCCAAUCUUGGUUCAAAUUAAAACUCCACUGGCAAUGGUUGCUCCAGUUGACGUUCCAGCUGAAAUUCCCUCUGCAGAGCAAAUUGUGUUAGAGGUUCCAGUCACAGAUGCCGUCAAAGACAAGGGAAUGAUGGCAGCAGAAGACCUAACAGAAGUUCUAGUGGAACCCCCCAUAGAAGAGCCAGCUGUGCUUGAGGAACCAAAAAGUGUCAUCAUUCCAUUAGCAGAGGUCACAGCAACUAUAGAUGAGCCAGUGUCCAUCCCUGCAGAAUCCGAGGUCACAGCAACUAUAGAUGAGCCAGUGUCCAUCCCUGCAGAAUCCGAGGUCACAGCAACUAUAGAUGAGCCAGUGUCCAUCCCUGCAGAAUCUGAGAUCCAGGUUGAGGACAGGUCACCUGUUGUCACAGAGACAGUUGACAUUGUACGUGGAGAUGAAGCUGCUGCUGGGCUUCAUGCAGAAGAUUCGGUGGUGAAGGUACCAGUGCAAGAGGAGACAGUGGUUACAGCUGAAACUCUAGCUGCAAUUGAAACUGUGACAGAAACAUUGACAACUGAAGUUGAGCAUGUUGCUGAAGCCGCAGUAGAAGUCUCCGAGCCUGCCGUCGAGGUAGUUGGAGAGCCUGUCGUUGAAGUCCACACGGAAGUCACAGAAAUUAUGGAGAGUGUUCAUAGAGCACCUGAACCAGAAGAAGUUCCAGCGGAUGUACAUGCAGAGCCUGAGCCAGUAAAGGUUUCAGUGGAAGCUGUAGUACUUACUGAAGCUUUAGUGAAACCAGAGCCUGAACAGCAGUCAGUCCCAUUGGAGGAACCUACGCCUUUGGUCGAGUCCACUAGUGAUCCUGUUGCUGAAGAUUAUGUUGGUACUGAGUCAGCUAUACCUGUAGGUGUUGAAACAGCCAUCACAGAGGAGCAGAUUCCUGAAAUACCAACAGAUGCCCCUGAGCUUCUUUCAGAGACAAUGGCAGAAAAAAUUCCUGCUCCUGAGCCUGUGCCAUUGCCAAAGGAGAUUAUCCAUGCUCAAGAUGAAUUUAUGGCACAAGUAGAAACUGAAAUCAAAAAGGCUCAAAAUGAAUUUAUGGCACAAGUAGAAACUGAAGUCAAAAAGGACUUGGCAGUGGGUGGUGGCCUAACUGUGGAUUCCAUCAAUGGAUGUCUGGCAACUACUGAAGUUGCAAUUGAAGGUUAAAGUGCCUAUGUUUAAUAGGACAUAAAGGGACAGCUGAAACAUCAUGAAACAACAACAUUGCAAAGUGCCUUUCUGUGCUGGUUCUUACCUAAAAAUGAAGAGGAUGUGUGGCUGUUUAUUUGAGAGCUUCAAACUAAUUAUCUUCAAUUUCCAUAUGCAUGUACAAUAGAUUUGCAGGUGUUAUAUAUUAUAUACAGUACAUAGUACAGUUAAAUAGAUGAGUGUUGCAAAUUUCUAUGUUUGUACUUGGACCAUUUUUAAUGGGGAAUAAAUACUGUUGUUUUGGUAACACUUUACAAUAAACUGUAUUCGAUAACAUUUGAACUAAUAAUGAAAAGUACUUUUAUACCAUUUGUUAAUCUUGGUUAAUCUUAAUUUCUACCUAUAGUAAUACCUUUUAUUUACAUUAUAAGUAUAUGUUAACAUUGAAGCAUUAUUAACAAACACAAAAAUAAUCAAUAGUAUUUUGAUAAAUGACCAUUAUUCAAGAUUAAUUCAUACUGUAAAAAUUCAUUAGUUCAUGAUAAUAAAUGCCAUAAAUAAUUUUAACAAAUAGAGCCAUAUUGUAAAGUGUUCCUGUUGUAUUUGUUUCAUUUGGCAAAAAGAUUUGGGGUGGAUUGCUUCCUCAAUAGAGCACAAUUUAAUACUGUACCUUUGCCACCUCUUCUCUGUCCCCCUCAAUGGUUCACAUGAUAUGGUGCCUUUUUCCCAUAUUAUAAAUAAAGGGAGUUUGAGAAUAAUAAUCUCAACCCAUUUCAAUGCUUACGCUUGUCUGCAUGCAUUAGAUGUAAAUAGAAAGUUUCUAGUGCAGCUGUAACUGUUGUAUGGCACAUGCUCUAGAAGUGUAAGGAAAGGUUUCAAACAUAUUGAAAGAGAAUACAAUUGCAGUAUUUUGAUAAAGGCUUUGAU